UAUUUUGUUGAUGGAACCGUGAAAGCAAAUGUGCUCCGCUCUGGGAUUCUCAUAGACCUUUUUAAUUGAAAGAGAAAGGUGUUUUUAAAAUGUCUUCUCGGAGCUUCAGAGUCAGUUUGUUGUGUCACCGGACGAGCGUGAUGAGGAUGAUGCAGAGGGCAAUGACUGCAGAGGCAAGAGUACAACCCCAGGCAGACUUCCUGAAGGGGAACCAACACAAACGACACCCGGGCAUCAGCGGCAUGAAGACUCUGCGGCUUCCUGUGGAGCUUCAGGCAGCUGCGUGCUCCGUCAUCAAGAAAGCGAACAUUCCACAACUUGAAGAGCAAGCUCAUCGUAUGAAGAACGUCCUGUGGAGCAGGAAAAGAGCGGUGGAGGAGUCUGCUCUGAGGAAGAAGGCCGUGGGUCUGGAAAAGGAGCUGUGGGAGAAAGCUAUGUUGAAGCGAGGCGAUGAUGAUGAGCCAGCUCUAGAGGAACAAAUCCAGAGGAGAGUGCUGUCUGAGCUCCGAAGAACGACGUACCGCUGGACCCCCAUCAAGUACGAUGAGGAGACUAGUGUAGUGUAUAUGGCAGCCCGGCUAGCUGGGGGUUACGCAGCAGUGAGGAGAGCUUUGAAUGAGAUCAAAAAGCGAGACCCUGCGUUCGCCCCCGAGUCUCUGCUGGACUUCGGGUCUGGGCUGGGGAGCGUGGCCUGGGCGUCGCACUCCUGCUGGCCUGACUCGCUGAAGGAGCUGGUGUGCGUGGACAGCUCCGGCACCAUGAACACUCUGGCGGAGCGACUUCUCAGAGGAGAUGAAGAAGAAGGGGAGCCCAGAUUCAAACAUGUGUACUUCAGACAGUUUCUUCCUCUUUCUCCAAAGGUCCAGUUCGACCUGGUGUCGGCUGCGUUCACACUGUCCGAGCUGCCUGGCAUGAAGGAGCGAGAGGAAGCUGCGUUCACUCUUUGGAGAAAGACCAACAGAUACCUGGUGUUGGUGGAGAGCGGAACCAGAGAAGGUCACCAGAUGCUACUGGAGGUCAGAGACGCUCUGCUGCAGAACCAGGAGAAGACGGUCCAUGACAGCAGACCUGCUUCCGUCUUUGCUCCGUGUCCUCACGAGCUGCCGUGUCCCAAGCUCGCGCUGAAGCCGCCGGCCCCCUGCAACUUCCAGCAGGUUCACCACCCUCUGCCUCUGACUGGGAAGCCCGACAUGCAGACGGAGAAGUUCAGUUACCUGAUCCUGACUCGGACCGCGGCACCGGUCCCCAAUGGGGACUCCGACCCGGACUGGGCACGACUGAUCUCGCCAGUGCAGAGAAGGACGCGGCACGUUCACUGUCGGAUGUGCUGUCCUGACGGGCAACUGCGCCACCUGGUGGUGACAGCUAGGAAACACAGCAAGGACAUGUACCGCUGUGCCCGGAACAGUGAGUGGGGGGAUCUGGUGCCACUGGUUCUCAACCCGGAGGACAACAAUCAAAACACUUCUCAACAGUGACUCCCCAAUAAACUUGUGAAAGAAUCAGUGCGACAAC